AUGUCUCCCUCCGCUACUACCGAGGCCAACGGGGCCGACAGCACCGUUCUCGCCCUCCGCAAGGUCCUCACCAACGAGACCGAGCCUCUCGCUCGCCGCUUCCGCGCUCUUUUCUCCCUCAAGCAUCUCGCCUGCCUCCAGCCCACGACCGAACAGACUCUCCCCGCUAUCGAGGCCAUCGCUGCCGCCUUCGCAUCGCCAUCGGCCCUCCUCAAGCACGAGCUUGCAUACUGCCUGGGCCAGACCAGGAACCGCGACUCUGUGCCUUAUUUGCAGCAGGUCGUGAAGGAUGUUGAUGAGGAUGCGAUGUGCCGCCACGAGGCCGCGGAGGCUCUUGGUGCUCUUGGAUACGCCGAGAGCUUGGAUAUCUUGAAGAAGUUGCGCGAUGAUGAGAGUGAGGUGGAGAUUGUUCGGGAGACUUGCGAUAUUGCGGUCGAUCGCAUUAUCUGGGAGAACUCCGAGCAGAGGAAGGCUGAGAAAUUGAAGCCUAGCGACUUUACAUCUAUCGAUCCUGCCCCGCCUAUGCCUCUGGAGGCCAAUGAGCCCUCCAUUCCGGAUCUGGAGAAGGCACUGCUCGACACUAAGCUUCCUCUCUUCCAAAGAUACCGCGCCAUGUUCGGUCUGCGUGACCUCGCCUCGCCUCCUGAUCUUCCCACUGCCGUCGAUGCUGUGAAUGCGCUUGCCAAGGGCCUCAAGGACCCCUCUGCUCUGUUCCGUCACGAAGUUGCUUUCGUCUUCGGCCAACUCUGCCACCCUGCCUCAAUUCCUUGCCUCACGGAGUGCCUUGGUGACCUGAAGGAGGUCGGAAUGGUGCGCCACGAGGCGGCCGAGGCUCUUGGCAGUCUGGGUGACGAGGAGGGUGUUGAGGACACAUUGAAGCGUUUCCUCAACGACCCUGAACAGGUGGUGCGCGACAGUGUUAUUGUGGCCCUUGACAUGGCAGAAUUCGAGAAGAAUGGUGAGAUGGAGUAUGCGCUUAUCCCGGAGGGAGCCGCUACCGCUGUCUCGGCGGCAUGA